ACCAAGGUUUUACCUAACUCUGUUUCACCUGACUCGGGAGUUGCUAAGGUGGACGCUCUAUAACAACCGAAUCAUCAGAAAAGUGGAUUUUAUGUGAUGUAUAUGUAACAUUUAGAAUCGUCUAAAAUGACGAGAGAUUUAAACGAAGACUGACGAAUGCUCUUGAAAUAAAAAUGCCAGCGGCUAAAGUUAUCAAGGCCAAACCAGUGGAGACGACGGGAAAGAGCUUAGAGAAACCCAAACCGAUGAAGGUAAAAGCGGCAGAAGGUGAACUCAAAGUUCCCGCUGUGCGUAAAGGUCGUGCGUCCAGCUGCCCGCGGCGUCCACAGCGGGACCGGAGCGACGGGACCCUCGCUGGAGCGCACGGGGCAGCGUCUAAAGCGAGAACCCGCUCCAACUCCAGUGCUCCCAGGCUCAACGGCGCCUCGGCCAAAACAAACACAGUCGACCGGAAACAUGCCGGUGUCAGCCCAAAGUGCCGGGGACCGACGGCCCGUCCGGUCCAGAGGGACCAACGGAGCCUCAGGGCGGAGACGAAGUAUGGGAUUCAGAGUCACAAAGCUUUCACCGUCAUCCCCCCGGAUCCCAAGAAGAGGAGAGAGAUCCAGAGAAAGGCGGAGGCUGAGCUGGCUGCUCUGGAGGAGCUGCGUCUGAGCAGAGCGAUGGCGUACGUCUCCAUCAACCCCAGCAGCGUUGGUGGUUGCAUGAGUCUGGAGGAAGUUCGGUCAAAGCAGCAACAGGAAAUGAUUCAAGCCAAGAGGAAACAGAAGCCGAUGAAGAAGCAGGUGAUGGAGCACACACCUGUCCUGACGAGCUGAGCGCUGCUGCAUCACUUCAACUGCUGCUACAUAUCCUGGAUUCACGUCUAUUGUUUGAAUGUGACACCUUUUAUAAUUGUUGUGCACAGUGUGGAGUAACUAACACACUUGCAAAUGUUAUACAUGAAAUAUCCUUCUUGUUGUUGUGUAUAUGUUCCGUGUGUAUAUGUUUAUGUAACAGCUUAAACACAGGGCUGCAGGUGAUGUGUUUACUGUGGAUCAUUGGCCAUUAGACUGACCUCACAUCCUCAUCACUCUAUGCAAGUCUGAUAUCACCUUUCUGGUUGCAGCUGUUGCUGAGGCUUAUGGGUACUGUAGUAUUUAAUAGGACUUUCCUUUCUCUGGUACCUGCUUUCGGUGUUGUCCAUGAACACUUUAUGCCAAUCGUCUGUUAUCUAACUCCUAAGAAUAAAGAACAUAAGCUUCCUUAUGUAGCUCUUUCCUUUUUGGGUGAAUAUUUUAAAAUAAUUUUAACUCAAGUCAAGUCCGUGUUUUUCCAUAAUGAACGUUGGUGUAAUUCCGAUUUCUACCACCAGAGGUCGCGCUGUGCCUGGUUUAGAGGCUGUGGAGUGGUACAGGGUGGUACAAAGCGUCUCAGCAAAUCCUGCGAAAUACGAGAAAGGUGUGUGAAGAGAUCCUGAUAGUUACAGUGAAGGUAGACUUCAGAUAUUCAUGUUUUAAUAAGAAUUGUUAUAAAGUCACCACUUGUCUGCGCCCAAAAACACAAACAAACGAUAGCCGAAAAGCUAAAUCCCAGCAUCAGGCUUCUGCCUCGCGCAUGCAUAUUUAAAAUGUCAUAUUAGGUUACUUGGGCAGUCGAAUGCGCAUGCGUGACGGACACUGCAACAUCCGUUGAAGAAGCAGCUGUAAUUGUAUAGUGCAGCCAUGUAUGUAGUUCUUCUUCCGACGCCAUUCUGUGACGCUGGUGCUGCAUUCCAGGGCUCUCGUGAUGUACGACAUAUCAGCGCCAGGACCUUUUGAGUUUUUUUUCGAUUUUGUCGGAUUUUUUUAACAACAACUUUUGUAACAAUAUGUACCUAAUAUUGUUUAAGAAAUAAAGUCAUUGUUUAAUCACUUCUCCGGUAUGUAUACACAAUCAAUGAAACAAACAACUUUUGGUUGACGUAUUUUAUUUUUCUUUAUUACGUUUAACGGUUUUUGUUAUACUGCAAAUGUUGAAAGAAAUAAAAGGACACAUCAGUGAA